AUGAAAUAAUAGGAAAUAUUAUUUAAGUGUCCGAUUGAAACACAUAAUUUUUAAGCCGAAUUUGCAUGCUUCAAUUAAUUUUGUCAAAGUAAUAGAAUUUUUUGUUUUGAAUGCAUAAGAAAUGGUGAUCACAAUAUUCAUUCAGGAGAUUAAAGAAAGAUUGCUGAUUUGUUUGAUUUUCUAGAAAACAACAGGCUAAAAAUUGAAGAAUUCAUAUAACAAUUACACUAAAUCUAAGCAUAUAUUAAUAAAUCAUUUUCUUUAUUAGAGCAAGGUUUGAAGAAUAAAUUUCUAUUAACAAAAGCAGAAUUGUGUCAAUUUGACCCAAAAUAAUUGAGCGCUGCUGUUAGUGAAAUAUUUCAAUCUAAAUUUGUUUCUAUGAAUAUUCUACAAGAUGUAAAUAAUAAAUCCCUAGUAUUAUGUGAUUUAAUAAAUAAAUGUGGUGGUCUAUUUGGCUUAGAGGAUGUAAAUAUAGACAAUUAAGAUUAUUAAAGAAUUAAAUAAGUAGAUGAACUACUUUAAAAUAGUAUUAAAAAUUUUCUCAUAUUUUUUAGGCUAAGACUUAAUGUUAACAAUUAAAUCAGAUUAUAAUAAACCUAAAGUUUAUGAAGCUAUGGAAAAUUUAAAAAAAUUACUCUCAAUCAAUCCAAAUGAAGUUUAAAGUUUGCACUUAACAGGUAAAAAAUCAUAUCUAUAAUUUAUAGCUGAAUUCCUAAAAAUACUCAAAAACUAUAACGAAGCCAAUAUAAAAGCUGAUCAAGCACUUCAAAGAGACCCAAAAAACCCCUAAUUACUCUAGACAAAAGGUAUGUGAAUCCUUUUAAAUCUAUUAGUUGAAAUCUUAAAAGAGCUUGAGCGUUUCGAUGAAGCAAUUCAAUGGGCUGAUAAGAUUCUUUUUAUAGAUCCAAACAAUUUGCAAUCCAUAAAGAUUAAAGGUAGACAAUCUUUAUAAAAUUUAUAGCUGAAUGCUUAAAAUCGCUUAAAGAUUAUAAUGAGGCCAUUAGAUGGGCUGACAAAGCACUCUAAAUAGACUCAAAGAAUCUUUGCUCCUUGAUCAUAAAAUGUAUCCAAAUCUGUAAAAUUAUUAGUUGAAAGUUUAUACAACGUUGGAAACUAUGGUGAUGCUAUUGUAUGGGCUGAAUAAGCAUUAAAAAUUGAACCAAGGAAUUUGCAGGCAUUAAUUGUAAAAUGUAGACAAACCUUUUUUAAUAUAAUAGCUGGCAGUUUACGAUUACAUGCUAAUUAAAAUGAAGCUAUUGCAUAUGUUGAUUCAGCCCUUAAAAUAUAUCCAUUAAAUAGAUACUUAUAAGAAAUAAAACUCAUGUGUUAAUCUCCAUAUCCAUAUAUAUAACAACCACCAUCCUAGUUGUAAGGGAUUGGGCUUUUCCAGAGGUUUCCAUGCAACCCACUUAUUCCUUAACAAAAUAUUAACUUCAAUAAAAAAUGA